UCGCACUACUUCAGAGUGAGACAUAUAAAUGUUGGUGACCCUUCAGUCCUCGCACAACGCCCGAGGUUCCGGCGAGGAGUUGUUCAACGCACGAAAUCGUGUCAAGGCGAAAAUGGCGUACUAUCUUAUAGAUUCAAAAAGUGGUGUAGUACGCACUGGCGAGUUGGCAGAAAUCCUUUCGAAGGCUCAGGAGCAAAAUCUCAUCAAAUCUGCAGCGCGUUUGUGCACCUGCCAGCCCGGCACCUGUACUUGCACGGCGCCCUCAGCCUCUCGCAGUCGAAAAUGCCUCAAAGUCCGAGUAGACACGGAGAAGAACGCCAGUGCUGGACUCGGUGAGAAGAGAGGAAGAUGGCCGAGGAACAAUGUUGGUGCUUGCUGUGCGAUGCUGAUUCUGUGUUUGGUUGUCAUUGCGUUGGCCAUGGUGAUGUACGCGGCACGGUCAGCUCUAUUCCCGAACGCGAGGUCACUCAACUACCUCAUUGGGAACGGAAUCAAAGUUGCCGACAGCUGCUCCGACGUGGGAGUCGGGAUGUCCUGUGCCACACCCUGUGAGUCUGCUGCUUAUUCUGUGUGCCCCCUGGGUUAUCAGGAACAAGGCCUCCCUCCUGCGGUCCUUACUUGUCCUUGGGGGUCGGUAUGCUCCCCUGCGAGAGAGGGCGUAGUAGGCUGUGUCCCCAGGGACACGUGUGCUGUGUCAGGCGAGGCGCGUUUACACGGUGCAACUUAUGGUCCUGUUAAAGCCCUUGCACCGGGUACUGUACGCAGCCCCGUCAUAACCAUUGGACGGUUGAACGAAUUAGCUCCGCCCCCAAAAGAAGCCAACAGGGGCCAGCACCCGGAACCAGGUCAUGAUAUUCCACCCAAUGCGUCACCCAAUGAUUUACCAGCAGAGAAACCGCAAAGAACAAAGGAAACGGGACAAUUUGUUCCAGAAAAAGCAAAAGAAAGGAAACCUGUCAGCGUCGGUCUGGGAAUAUUUGCCAGGGUUGGGGAUAUUCCAGUGAUAGGUUGGCAACACAACCUGCAGCCGAAGACGCCCAGAAAGCCUACAAAACCUGCCGACCCUGGGCAUGAAAUGCCGACUGCUCCCGGACAGCCAAACAAGCCAGGGUUGCCCGAACAGCCAGAAAAGCCGGUUGCUCCCGAACAGCCAGAAAAGCCGGUUGCUCCCGGACAGCCAGAAAAGCCGGUUGCUCCUGGACAGCCAGAAAAGCCGGUUGCUCCUGGACAGCCAGAAAAACCGAUUGCUCCCGAACAGCCAGGAAAACCGAUUGCUCCCGAGCAGCCAGAAAAGCCGGUUGUUCCCGGACAGCCAGACAAGCCGGGGUUGCCCGAACAUAGAACCGCAACCAAUCCGGAGCAACCCAAGCAACCAAUUGCGUCCAAUCAACCACAGCAACCUCAAAAUCCGUCCGAGGGUCAGUCAGGUGAAAUUGAUAAGAGAAAAAUUCCUGUCAAACCUGCUAAUAAAUCGCCGGAUAGCUUUGUUAUCAUAAAGGGCAUCUUGGGUUGAUCUAAGACUUACUAUCUUUUGAUUUGUGCUAAAAAUAUCAUGCUGAAGAUUUAUAAUUCUUAUUUACAUGUACGUUUCUUUUUUAUGAAUUUAUUCAAUAUCAAAAGACGACAAUAGGAAUGCUAAUGCAUGGGUCUUCGUGCUAGAUUUAUGACUGUCAAAUACUGAUAGUUUAUUAAUUUCACGAGGACACUAAAAUUAUCCACACUUUCCUUCGAUAGUUUGCUCUUUCCUUUUUUGUAAUCAUUUGAUAUAUAUACUGAAAGAUUAAAUAAUUUUCUCCAGUUUUUCA